UGGACUAUGGUCUACGCGACCGCCUCAGCCAGUGCGCUAGUUCUCUCUAGUUUUCUUCUCGCCGUCUCCGCCUACCAAAUGCCAGAUACGUGGUCCCCGCCCCGGCUGGUGCCACCAGAGCCAGAGUUCGUGGCGCCCGUUGGUAACCUGACCGCGCCUGUUGGCAAGGAGGUCAUCCUCAGCUGCGUGGUGGACCACCUGGGCAAGUACAAGGUGGGCUGGUUGCGUUCUGAAGACCAGACCGUGCUUACAAUGCACGACAAGGUGGUGACACACAACUCGCGGGUCGGAGUCUCGCACGACCAGCUCCGAACGUGGCGUCUGCACGUGCGCCAGCUGAAGGAGUCGGACCGCGGCUGCUACACCUGCCAGAUCAACACUAGCGUCAUGAAGCAGCAGACCGGCUGCAUCGACGUGCACGUCCCACCGGACAUCUUAAUUGAAGAGACGAGCGGCGACAUGGCGGUCACCGAGGGUGAAAACGCCACCUUGCGCUGCCGGGCCUCAGGGCGGCCAACCCCUCGGAUAUCGUGGCGCCGGGAGGACGGCGAGCACAUAAUGCUGCGGCUGGGAGCCCGCAACCUCACGCAAGUGGAGUCGUACGUGGGCAGCGACCUGCACCUGUGGCGGCUGGACCGUCGCCAGAUGGCGGCCUACCUGUGCAUCGCCUCCAACGACGUGCCGCCCAGUGUCAGCAGGAGAAUCGUGCUCAGCAUCAACUUUGCUCCGUCGGUGAAGGUCCCCAACCAGCUGCUUGGAGCCCCCCUUGGCACCGACGUGCAGAUGGAAUGUUAUGUGGAGGCCUUCCCCAACACCAUCAACUACUGGGUCAAGAACAGGGGAGAGAUGCUGCUCGACGGGCCCAAGUACGUGGUGCGCGAGAGCCGGAUAUCCUACAAGGUGUACAUGUGGCUGGUGGUGAGGCGCUUCAGCCGCAGUGACGUGGGCACCUACAACUGCGUCGCCACCAACUCGCUGGGCCGCGGAGAGGGCACUCUGCGACUCUACGAGAUAAAACUGCACUCAGGAACAGUACGUGAUUCGACGGACAACCAACUCGCCGUUGUUGGAGAUAGGCACGCAUUAAUGGUAUUUUAG